CAUGGGCGACUCGGCUAUCGUCCUCGAUCGGUCGGUCGCCGGCGCACACCUCCUCGGACUUUUUUUCUUCGCCCUUUUAAACGCCCGGGACACCGAGAACUUGCAGAAGAAGAGAGCAGAAGCAACGAUUUGGAUUUGGAUGCUUGGGAUAAUCUUGGAUUCUGGGUUUUCUGGCGUCUGGAGGUGGAUCUGGGAGUUGAGUUCAUCUUCUCGGCCGGUCCGAAGACGAAGACGAGGAGGAGGAGGAGGAGGAGGAGAUCGAGCGGAUUGAUCGGCGGGGGAUGGAUGUGAGGUUUGGGCCCGAGGAGCAGAUCGUGUGGCCGGCUUCGGUGCUCGCCGGGAUCCUCAUGUGCGCCGCUGUAUAUGAUAUAACUCGCAAAGUUAGCUCUCGGUGCUACAAGGGUUACAAUGGACUGAAUGAAUUGCACAAAGUUGAGUGGAACAACAGGGGAUUCUCUACAUUCCACGCAUUGGUUGCUGCUGUAGUCUCCUUUUAUCUGCUGGUGAUAUCUGACCUCUUCAGUAAUGACGUCCAUGGUGCCAUCAGAAUAAUUGAUCGAAAAUCAUGGAUGUCUGAUGCCAUGUUUGGGGUAUCCCUGGGUUACUUCUUGACAGAUUUGUUAAUGAUCCUGUGGCAUUUCCCUUCUCUAGGAGGAAAGGAAUAUCUGUUGCAUCAUGGACUCUCCAUGUAUGCGAUCUCUCUUGCUCUGCUGAGUGGCAAAGGACACGUGUACAUCCUCAUGGCCCUCUUAGCUGAAGCAACCACUCCCUUGGUGAACCUCAGAUGGUACCUUGAUCUUGCAGGCAGGAAGGACUCCAAGCUUUACCUGUGCAACGGCGUGGCACUGUUUGCUGGGUGGUUGGUUGCUCGGAUCUUACUGUUCGUAUAUUUCUUCGCUCAUCUGUACCUACAUUUCGAUCAGGUGAGGACGGUGUUCCGGCUGGGGUUCUACAGCAUUCUCGCAGUGCCACCGGCGAUGUCGGUGAUGAACCUCCUCUGGUUCCGGAAGAUCUGCAAGGGGAUGGUGAAGGCCAUGUCCAGCACUGGGCGGAGCCAAUGCGUCAAGACAGAUUAGGACUUAAACGGAAGGAGAUGGAGAUUUUUUUUUAUUUUGUUAACAUUUUAAAUAAAUAAUUUUAUUAUUAAACCUAGAAUAAAAGUAUUUUCAUUGUAUGAAUCUUUUGACCACAUCAGUGUUGGUGGCGUAGCAAGGCAAACACUGCCACAUAAGUUGGUUGGCGCAACAGGCUUGCCAUUGGCGUGGCAGCGUUGUCCAUAUCAGUGUCAUUGACGUGGCAAGCAGGAGCAAAACCAGAAAUUGUUUAAGCCUAGAGCUAAGUUACCACGUGCUUAAUUAUUUUUAGAACUUAUGGUAGAUUUACCUAAUUUCAGUGAGAAUUUAAAUCUAGGCCUGGGGCUUAAGUCCUACUUGCCCCAGGCCUGGUUAACGUUGUCUUGGCACACUAGUGUUG